AGUGGCAGUGGCAGACAGUCACAGUGACGUUUGAGAGACCGUUCGAAAGCGAGGUGUUUCUGAAGUCCUCAGUUUUUUUUCUACCACAACAAUUGACAAUGUGUAAAAAGAAUAAAAAGAAAUCGAAGUGCAUGAUUCUUUCUGCAAAAAAUUGAAUUGUUUAGAGUUCAAAGUGAAAAAUUAUCCAAAUGUAAAAAAAAAGUAUUAUUAAAUUCGGUAUACCACAUCCGAUAAAAAAAAACACCUACCUAUUUCUAAACUUGGGAAAACAAUUAUCAAAACUGAUUUUUUUUUCUAUUUUAUUCUCUCGAAUUGCAUUUUUGUGCUCUCUGUACUAACACAUAUAGAAUAGAAAUUAAAUACAUUCACACAAACAAUAAGAACAAGUGCGCUAGACAAGGACGACAGCGCACUGUCAGGAAGCAUAGUACAGUUGUAUGUAUUUACUUAUUGUGUGCAUCUUUUCAAUCCAAAUUUAGUGAGUGAAUCUGAACAAAAAUUGUUCAAUGUUCUGCUUUUUCCUUGCCACCAUUGCUACAAAAUUCGCUUGAAAAGAUCUCUGAAUUCAAUUUAGUUUUUUGCUUUUAUCACAUACGCGUAACAAAAGGUUCGCUUGAUUGAUUCUAUCAAUAAUUAUUACUUGUUUGUGAAUGAGAUCAUCUAAGAUUCUAAGGCAUAAAUUAGCCUGGCCCCUGUGUUAUCAUUGCUAAAAAAAGUGCAAUAAAUAAAUACCUACCUAGUUUUUGUGUAGUAAUUAGAUUAAGUGCGGUGCAAAACGGAAAACCUUGAGAAAGUUGUGAGAAGCGCUAAUCGUAUUGUCAAUAACCACAACCAAACGCUCAUUAAUAACAUCUUUCUUUUGAUUUGUGAACGCUAUGUACAUACUAAUGUAGAUAUAUUUUCUUAUUAAAAAAAUCGAAGUACAUAUACCUAUAAAAUCCUACGUUUUCUUCUGAAUGUGGUUUUCUUUCUCUCGAAUGAAGUGAAAUGUUGAUUAAAGUACCUACCUACCAAGGUAUAAAAGUUUGAAUUCUAAUUGGAUAGAUUACUGUGAAUGGUUGCUCGCAAGUGUUUUUUAAAUUACACAACACAAAAUUACAAAAUUGUGCAAAUAUUAUUAAUAAAUAACAUGUGAAGGUAUUAACGGUGUUAUUACAAUGGCGAAAAUGCCAUUCAGGAAAAUGGGGAAAUAUAUCUUUUCAUAUCUGAAAGGAUAAUUCCAAAAUCACAACGAUUGAAGAAAACAAACUAAAACAAUUACAAAAGUGGAUUAGACAAAGGAAUUUAAUACUAAAACUAAAAUAAAAUGGUUGCAAAGAAACGUAAUGCUGCUGUCGAUCGACAACCACGUUUGGCAAAUGUAAAAACACGUUUAACGGGCAACAAGGCAGGGACUGCAACUACACCUGUCAAGACACAGAAACAGGCUGCAAAAGCGGCUCCCAAAAAAUCUCUUCCUAUCAAAAAACGAAUCCCAAAUGAAAAACCUGGUAAUGAAGAACUAAAUCAAGAUUCAAAACCAAGGUCAACAUUAAAAUCUAAGAAAGUAGAAGGCGAACCAUGCACGUCAACAUCCACAGAUACAAUCGAUCAAAAGCUGUCCGAGUGCAAUAAUGAAACCGAAGUUGAUACUAAGCUUACUGUUAAAGAUGGGAAAACAAAAGCCAUAAGCAAAAUGCUAAAGAGUUUAGAUAUACAAAUCAGUGGCUUCGACAAUAUACUUCCGCCAGAGGAAAAGAUUAUUGAAGUUUUGAAAUCCUCGAUAUCGGAGAAUGUUAAGACCAAAUCAAGAUCUUCAGCGGUUAAGUUAAGCAAUACCAGUGCAAUGAAUAAAUGUGCAGCUAAAAAGGAGCAAGUAGAGAAAAAAGCUGGUCAAUCUUCUUCAAAUUCAAAUUCACUACAUGCAUCUUUCGAACAGAGUACAAAAGAUGGUGCUGUAUCUAAGAAAGAAGUUUCUGUUGGUUCUGUAAGCGAAACUGUUGCAUCAAACGAGGAUAAAGCAUUUAAAGAAACUUCUGAGGAAUUAGAAGAGCCUAUAAUAGAAACAAAAAAGAAAAUAGCAGCUAAAAAAGCUAAAUUAGAAGCAAAUCGCAAUAAAAAGAAGCAAGAAGAGCGGAAAGAAGAAGAUAAAUUGAGGAAACCUCAAGACCUCCAUAAACCAUUAAACAUAGUUGAUGUCCACUCAGAUCAAAUGAAAGAUAAAACAGAACAGGAUAAAAAAAAACACGUAAAGCCAAAGAGCAGUCAAUUAGCUACUGAAGGAGAGAUUUCAGAAGACAGAAAGGGUCAAAAUGAAAUUGAGGCCAGUAGACACAUGAAAUCAGCUAAAUAUUGCGAUAAAGAGUCUACAGUAAUAGCAAAAGAUGAGGCCCGUCAAUUAAAAAAAAAUAACACAAAAACUGUGGCUGGAUUUGAAGACCCUAUAGAAAAGAAUAUCGCAGAACAAGUGAAAGAUGAGGCGGAUGAAAACAAGACAAAACAAAUAAAGUCCGUUAAGGAAAAGGGGAUAGAUAAUUCAGCACAAAGAAAAGAUGAAGACUCCAAUAUGAAAAAGAAGCAAAUAAAGUCUUCACGAAUAUCCCAAAAUACUAACGUCGAGAGAGAAAGCUUAGAAGAAGGAAAGCAUGAAGAAAUCCAUGACAAAAAGAAGACUGCAAAAUUAUCAAAGUUUAAUAAAAAAGAGAGUUUAGAACCAAAUAAAGAAGAAACAGAAGAGAACAAGAAAAGACAAAUAAAAGCUGGAAAGUGCAGCCAGCAAAAUACUGAAGUUGUAAAGGAAGCAGCCGUGGUUAGUGUUUCCUUAGAAACGUCUUUAUUAGCUUCACCCAAGAAGAAUAAAUUGUUAAAAGGAAAAUGCAAUGACGAUGGAAUUAAAUUAUCCCAAUUAAAAAUCGAUCAAGAAGUUUCAUCAACUAAAGAAUUAAAUAUAAAGGUUCCGUCAGUAACCUUCAACGACACUGAAGGCUCUUCUCUGAAAGAGACUCCGAAGAAAGGAAAGUCACUUACUAUUCUUCAGCGCUUGCAAAACAAAUAUAAAAUGUCACCAGUGAAGAGUAAGCCUUUAGGCCCAGUCAAGCCUACAAAGAAAGUUGAAACCAAAAGUUCAACAAAGAAGCUACACGCAUUAUCUGCUGAGAAACAGAAACCCAAUGAUAUUUAUGAUUUCAAAUCGGGUUCGGAAAGUGAGGAGAACAUUAAGAUGGAGCUUCCAACUCUUAAGAAACUUCGAGAAUUUUCUGAUGAUGAUGACAAACCACUUCAGGUGGCCAAAAAGAAAGUGAAAGAAGACGAAAAAGUCGCCGAAACUAUAUCGAAAAAACCUGAACCAAAGGGAGACACUUCUAAAAUAGAAAAGAGCAAUAUAAAAACUGCCCUUAAACAUCCUGUUGCCGAAAAGAAGUCAGGAUCAAAAGUGGGUCGAAAACCAAUAGCUAAAAUUAAGCGACCUCCAACCGAGUCGAGUAGCGAUGAAAAAUCUAGCACGACUACUGAUUCUGAAGAUGAACAAAAACUCAGCACAUUUGGACAAAAACGUCAUCGCAUGGCUUCGCUGAAUGCCGCAGCAAAAGUGCAAUGUCUAUACGAAAAUGAAUCUCGCACGGCGUAUGAACUGGGCCUGUCUAAAACGGUUCAAAUUGUACCAAAAAUUCGUAACAUCAAUUCUGGCAGUAGUUCUGAAGACGAACAUGAAACAAAACCUAUAAUUAAAAAAGAGGCAGUUGUGACAAAGAAAGUCGAAAUACUCAAAACAGAGCCAGUGGAAGAAGCUGCCGGGGAAGAAAAAGGAGAAGUCGAAGUUGAAACUAAGCGAGAAUUACGGAACGUACCAGGUCGAGGAAUGGGAAAGCACUGGGAGUUUGAAAGUGACACCGACAAUGAAGCUAUUUUUAUUGAAAAACUUCGACUGAAGAAGAAAAAAUUACAAAAACUGAAAGCUCUGCAAGCGAAGAAAGAUAAAAAGGAAAAAGAUAAGGAUAAGGCUAAUGAAAGGCCUGAAGAAAAAUGCACUAAACCGAAAAAAACAAUAAAACUACCUAAGAAACAUCUUAAGGUAAAAAUAGCUUCUUCAGACGAUGGCAGCUCAGAGUCCAGUGAAUAUGAGGAUAAAAAGAAAUCUUUGAAUGCCCCUGUAGAAAAAUCAUCAUCUGAAGUGAAGAAGAAACGCAAACGAGAGCUGAAAGAAGAACUUAUAGGCGAUUAUAAGGGCAUUUUAGCACGCAAGCGUAUGGCUAGUCUGAAUGCAAGUGCAAUAGUUGCUGCCACUUAUGAAGUGGAAAGACAUCUUGAUAGAAAUUUCGCAUCAGAUUGUAGUAGUUUUGAAAGUUUCCCCGAAGAAGAGAAGCAUAUAAGUAAAAAGUCAAAGAAACAAGCAGCUGUUACAUCACAACCACCUCCACCACCAACAUCGCAAACCACUCAAGUCAAAUUGGAUACUAAAGACUUGAAAGAAGUGAAAGAAAUUAAAAUUGAUCCUUCUGAAUGUUCGGACACGAAGGAUUCUUUUAAUGAUUUUAAAGAUUCUCUGAAAGAUAUAAAAGAAGCAACACGUCCCACAUCAAGUUUGGUUAUUGUACAGGAUACGGAUGUAACUAUAACUGGAGUCUAUGUUAAUCCCACGACGGGAUCUAGUCAAGAAGCUUAUUGUAAAAUGCAAUAUCGUGUACAAUCAAGUGUUACAGAGGAACGUGUUUUGAGGCCAGGAUCAGUCGAACCACCAAAGUCAUAUACUCCGUUGGGUGCAUUAUCAAGUAUGAGGCCGCCUGGGGCGGCAACAGGAACUGAUGAAUGCUCAACACCACCAAUAUCUGCCGAAUCUGCUCCACCAAUAGCCGAAUCAAUUAAUAAUUCGAUCAUUUACCAGCCCAAUGACUCGAGCCAUCCCGAACCAUCAGAGCAUUCACAUUAUUCGUAUCAUCAUCACAUGUCACCAUCACCAAUGUCACUGCAUCCGCAUCCCGCAGAUCAUGCAUCACAAAUGCACCACUACAGUGGCCAUCAACUAGGACCAGACGCUGCUCCACAGGCUCUCAGCGCCCAUCACUAUCAUACACCGCAACAAUCUGCACAACCAUCUUCGGCUUCGGCACAGGGACGAUGCGAGUCACCCGUGCGCUAUGGCGGUGUUUAUCAGGCGCAACAUCCGCCCUUAUCCAUAACAGCUGGUGGUGGUUCAAGUGCAUUUUGUGCACCACCCAAUUUGCAGCAACAGCAACAUCAUGACAUGAGCGGUAAGUGCGAACCUUUGACUGAUUGGCGCGAACAACAUUUUAGAAAAAGUGGUUAUUACCAACCGGCUGGGCCUUUAAUUUCGCCACAUGUGCUACAACCAAUAGCUGCACCACCACAACAAGCAUCUAAGCAGCAAUCAUCAAUUCAACCAUCAAUUGGAACAAAGAACAAGCUAAUUCCUAACUCUCUUGACUCUGAUCCAGAACGUAGUCCAUUACCACCGUUACCAUCAUCUACAUCAACGGUGGAGAGUUUAGAAAGUGAUGUUCUAAUAACAGGUGGUGAUUUGACAACAUUCCGUUACCCAACUCAACAACAGAGUUCACAACAAUCCCCGAGUGUUGCUACACAGCAACAAAGCCAACACCAACAACAGCAAUUACAUCAACAAGCUGUAGCCGCAGCAGCAGCUGCUGCUCAUCAAGGUGCACCACCAUAUCCACGAUCAAUGCAUCAAAUGCAUUAUACGUCGGCGUAUCCUCCCAAUUAUUACUCUCCCUAUCCGGGUGAGGCGAUGUGCUAUUCUCCACCCUAUCAACCAUACUUUCCAGCCAAAGUAUAUCAGAGUGCUCCACCUCCACCAUCAUACAGGCGUUAUCCACCGUAUUACCAAACAGGACCUCAUUCGGGGCCACCUCCUCCAUCUGAUAUAUAUGAACAGUCACCACCUCCGGCAGGUCAGGCGUCACCAUCAGGACCACCCUCUGGGACACAAUUGGUUCCCGCAGGACCAGGAGCCACCCACUCGCAGCAUUUGGAACACUAUCCAGGUCCGCCAGGUUACUAUUCUGGUUAUAGUCCGGGCGGUGGGGGUCAAUGCUACACCCGCAGCCCCUAUAUGGAAUAUCCACCACAAUGUCCAUGUCCAAUGCAACAGUCGUGUCCAAAAAACGUCCAUACUGGGCCUCAUAUUGGUAGCAACACCAGCAGCAACAAUACCAACCAUACAGAACCAACAAUCAACACUACCAUCAGCAAUCCCACAGCUGCUACAGCAGCAGUCAUGACACCAGCAGUUUCAGCGAAUAUAGUCAACAGCACGAUUAGCAAAUCGGCUGCGACUCCGAAUUCGAAGAGCAGUAACAGCAAUGUGCUCCCAGUGUCAGCUAUGCUUAACAAUGGAACUGUACCUGCUAACAAUAGUAGCAACCAACAACAGCAGUUGAAUAUCAGUAGAGGCCCAGUUACAAAUAAUACUAGCAACAUAAUGCAUCAACAAUUGGAUGCGGGUGCCGCCACAAAUGCCCAUCACCAUUUUCUCCACCAUCCACACCAUCAUACGCUUUUGCACCAUCAUCGUGAUCGUCAUGUGCAGUCCUGUGAUGAAAUUGAACUUUUAAAACCUCUUAAGUCCGAGCUUAAGUCCGAGGACAUAGAUGUUGAUUCUAAAAUCAAUCAAUAUGAAGAGGAUGUAAUACAGCCUCCUACACCUCCUUUGGCAUAUGAAAAGCCAAUCGAGGAAGCUGUUUUGCUGGACAAAGAGUCUGCAAAAAUGAACACAAUCAAUAAUGAUGUUGUUUGUACUAUUGAAGCUUUUGAUCUCACUGUUUCACCGGCUUCCCUUACAAAUUGUUUGCCCACACAAAUUUUAGUCGGUAGAAAAGCUCGAAUAGGAAAAACUAUGGCUCGAGAAAUGGUUUAUGCUGGGUCAGCUGUCAAGCAUAAUCCGGUUCGAUCACAACAGAUUAAUAAAAAUCCAAUACAACCACAAGAAACUUCCACGCAAUUGGCUGACAAAAACGACCCGGCACUUAAUUUGUCUAGUCAUAUUCAUUCUAACAACAAAGUUGAUAACAAAAGCGAAGAAUGUGUUCCAUUAACGCUGGAAACCAAAAUCAAAUCUGAAAAAAUCAAAACAGAAAAGGAUGAUGAAUUGACAAUAGUUUUGCCGGGUAGCAUCAACGAAAGGGAAUAUUUGGAUAAAAUCAAAACAGAAUUAGAAUCGUCUGAAGAUAUUAAAGUUUCCAGUACAGAAUCAGUUAUAGAUGAUGAAAUUGAAAUAACAAGUCCCACCAUGGAUGGGCCAAAACAGCGCAUAAAAAUUCUCGAAUUCCACAAGAAUCAGUGUAAGAAAUCUCCAUCAAACAGCUACAAAAGCCUCAUCAAACAAACAGAACCCAAGUCCUAUUUGUGCCUCAGUCGAAAAGUUGAAAAACGGAAUCGUUUCGGCAAAUUGAAAAAGUCUUCGAGAAACAGUGUCGUUCGAAAACGUAAACUAGUACUUACAGAUCAACAAAAGAAAAGCCUUCGAUUAAGGAAGAAAAAACUUAUUGCCAUUGAGCAAAGAAUGGAAAAAAUCCGAGAAAAAAAGAGACUUGCAGCAUUAGCUCAGCGCAUUGAAAGGCGGCAUGCUGCUAGAAAAGAAAAACUCAAAAAAUCAUUGUUACUUAAUAGUAAUCGGUCAUUGAUCACUGCAUAUGAAAAGUCCAAUGGAUUGGUUGCAAGAGGAUAUUUCUCUGAACCAGAAACCCAUUUUAUACCUUCGUGUGCAACAGCUGGGCGGAAAAUGAAAAAAUCAAAGACGACUGAGGCGCGUUCAAAGUCAGAAACCAAGAAGCCAUCUUCAUCGCUACUCAAUGCGGAGCUAUUGGACUGUUCUUCGUCUACCUCAACCAAAACUAACAAAUUAUCCUUGAAUCUUUCAGGGUCAAUGAAAUCCAAAACGCACAAAAAAUACAAGUCUUUUACUAUAAACAGAAAAAACAACAAGUUGAAGAGUCAAACGGAAAGUUCUAUACCACCUGCCCCAUUAUCCGAAGUUGAUCAGAAUCGUGUCAUAAACGUAGAUCAUGAUGAGACUUUGAUUUCGAAUAAUAACAAUUCUUCAGAGGCGAAUAAUAAUGAUUUUUCAAAAACACCUAUUAUGAAUCCCACUGCGUCGUCAGGAAGUAAAGAGGCUCUAAGCGAUGAGGCUGAAACAGAUUCGACGUCACUGAGUUCAAAUGCCGCUACUCUACCAGUACCACAACUUCCGCCCUCCGAAUUCGUAUUUUUGCGUCCGGCAAUACCACGAUAUAUAAGGCAUAACGGAACCAUGAAAAGAAUACGUUCGCGAUCGAAAUUUGGGUGCCGUAAAAGACCCAAACAUAAACAUUCCAUUUCGUUUGAGGUCGAUGAAACUAUUCAACCUACGAGACCUGAUGUAGUGCCAAAAUGGAAUAACGGCUGGCGUUGGGAGGGUGAGCCAUUCCAAGGUGCUGUUUUUCUUAAUAGCGAUGAUCCACACGUUAUACGAACUUGUUAUCCUGCUAUGCGUCAUUCUGAGGGAGAUAUAAUCAGACCUAGAGAUUGUGUGCUGCUUAAGGCCAAUGAAGACAAUGAAUUGCCUUAUGUUGCUAAAGUUGCCUAUUUAUGGGAGAACCCUGAAGAUGGAGAAAUGAUGAUGUCGCUUCUAUGGUAUUACAGGCCGGAACAUACAGAACAGGGACGUUUAAGAAACGAUUGUCCCGAUGAGGUGUAUGCAUCACGCCAUCGCGAUCACAAUUCUGUCGCUUGCAUAGAAGACAAGUGCUACGUUUUGGUGUUUAGGGAGUAUUGUAGAUAUCGUCGUAGAUUAAGGGCUGCCGAAGAAGAUAUCCAAGACAUUACAGUCGUACCAAAAAGGCCCAAUUUCUUCAACCCACGAGCGGUACCAGAAAGCACAAAUCCGGAACUAGUUAUGUUCUGUCGGCGAGCAUAUGAAUUCCGCACAAAACGUUUGCUAAAGAUGCCAAAUAAGCAUGACAAUGUCACAAGGAGUAGCAAUUAAGAUGUAUAAUUGAUGGCAAAAUUUACAUAUUGUUUUCUUAUACUGUUUUUUUUUUAUAUAAAACUUAAGAUAGGAGUAGCAUAAAGUGUUAGGUUUAUAAACGUUAGAGCAAAACACAGCAAUACUGAAAAAUAAACAGAACCAAGAAAACACAAACAGAUUAAUGAAUCUUGAAAUGAAAAUCAAAACCAUGAAACAACAAAAAUAUUCAUCACAAAAUUUAUAUAACAUUAAAAAAUAAUAUAUAUUAUAAUAUAAUUCUUUAACAAAAUUGACCAAAUACAUAGUUUCGAUUUAUUUCUUGGAUUUAUUUAGCUAACUAAUAUUCUAGGUGGGAUAUUACAUAUCUUUUUUACAUGAAAAUUAUACAUAAAACAAUAAAAUCUAUACAAAAAAGAAUUAUCCAAAAAUGUAAUCACAGAGUGAACAUAUUUAUUUGAUUUUUAUACAUUUUAUUAUUAAUAUUAUUAUUGUUUAAGCUUAUUUCAUUAAAUAUUGUAUACAUUAUAAUUAUGUAUGUUUUUCGUUUGAUUAUUUAAUAUAUUUAUUUAUAACUGUUGGAAUCUUAUUUGUUUUAUUUUAUACUGUGUUAAGUUCUUUUGUUCCCUUUUUUUACAAAGAGAUACAAGUUUGUCUUUCUUCACUUAUAAUUACUAUAUUCUUCUUCUUUUUAUAUGCACUCUGCUUUCAGCAGAUUGGAUAAGCAGUACGUUACAGCACUUAACUAAUAACGGUUUUCAAUUAGCAGCGUUUCAAUAUUAAACAAUCUAGUAAGUUAAUAAUAUAGUUCAAAUUUAUUAAUGAUUGCACUUACCGAAUUCAAUUUGAGACAAGGGCUUAAAGUUUUGAAUGAAAAGAAUUCAACUACUUGCGUUUGCCUUGUCUUUGAUGUCUAGUGAUUGCAAUUGCAAAAUUUUAAGUCAAACUCUCAAAGGGAAUAAUGAAGACAAUCUUUAUCUCAAAUAAUUCAAAUAGAGCUCACAAAAAUUAUUUCUUAAAGUGGUACACCAGUGAAUUCAGUUUUUAACAAAUACAUACGUUUGUAUAGUUUUACUUCCAAUAAAAAAAGAGAAAAAGCUGAACUGCUGCUUGUAAAGAGUUUUUGUAAAUUUUAUUUUAUUUAAAAAAAAGGGUUUCUUGUUUUUUAAUUUUAUAAAUUUAAAAAUUUUGUAAUACAAUAUUUUUUGUUUUCAAAACAAAAGUAGGUACCGACAGAAAGGAGUCAAUUCUUGACAUUUUAGUUUUGUCAGGUGAGGUGUUAUUGUUUUUUUUUUUCAACUUUCUGUUUAAAAUAUUAAGUUUAUUAAAGUGUUUCGUUAUUGCAAUUUUACAUAUACAUACAUAUGAAUAAAUAAAAUAGUGGAAUUCCAUAAAAUCAAAAAAUAAACUAAAAAAUAAAAAAAAUACACAAAUUACAUUGGCUUAAAAUAUUGUUUAUAGUGACAUUCUAAAAAAAAAUGAGAUGCUUACAACAACACAACAAAUGACGAAAUCAGACACAUAGUGCAAUUCAGUAAUAAAUUAAACAUGGGAACUUAUUUUGAUGCAGUGAAACAUUUUCAACCAAUAACUUAAGAACAAAAAUAUCCAUCAACUGUUAAAAUCUAGGAAACGAAAAUGAAUCUUUAUAUUUCUAUAAUGAAAUACAUAUAGCAUUAAGAAGGAAAAAUCAUUAUAUACACAACAAAAAAUUAUUAUUAAUAAUACAAAGCAUUCAGUGUAACAUAGACUUUUAGAAUAUAUCGUAAUGUUUAUAUACAUACAUAUAUCAGAAAUCAAAAAGAAAAACAAACCCUUUUAAUUGAGCAGUUAAAGUUGAAUUUGUAUUUUUUGUGUCAUUGUCAGAGCAUAAUUUUAUUAUACCUAAUUGCUACUUAGUAUGCAUAUUAUAUUAGGAGGUACACGAGGCAACAUUUUAUGUAUUGUGUGACUUGUAAUUGCGAAUAAUUUAUAAUUUUAUUAAAUAAUUGUACUAUGAAUUAAAAGGGAUAAUAUUAAUAUAUAAUUUAUUAGACAAAAAUACA